AUGAAAAGCAGAUUUUCUGCUUGUGUGCUGGCUCUUCUGCACUUCUGUCGUUCCUCUGACUCCUAUGAACCACCGACAUUGCCUGAUGUUGGAGAUCCAAAGUUUAUUGAGGAAUGUGUGCGAACCCAUAACAGAUUCCGGUCUGGAGUGAAUCCACCAGCCAGCAACAUGCUCUACAUGACUUGGGAUCCAGAUUUGGCAAAGACCGCGAAAGCUUGGGCAAAGAAAUGCCUGUUUAAACAUAACACGUACCUCAAAGAUCCAGGGCAGGCUCACCCCAAAUUUACCCCCGUUGGAGAAAACCUCUGGACUGGCACACUUUCUGUUUUUACUGUGCAAGGAGCCAUCACCUCUUGGUACAACGAGGUCAGCGCCUACCAAUAUUCCACCAAUAACUGCAGAGGAGCGUGCGGCCACUAUACGCAGAUUGUUUGGGCUACAAGCUACAAGGUUGGCUGUGCUGUCCAUUUCUGUCCCAGGGUGGCAUACUCCUCCAUAACCAACGCAGCGCACUUCAUCUGCAACUAUGGGCCAGCUGGGAAUUACCCAGGGCGCCCAUACAAGAUGGGAGCAGCGUGCAGCGACUGCAACGGUGAGCGGUGUGCCAGCCAGCUGUGUCAAAACGCAGAGCGUGACAAAGUCAUUAGUGAUUCCAGGUGGCAUCCAGAGUGGGACAGACCUGCGUGUGAUGAGUACUGCAUCACCGUUAUUGCUUUAAGGCCAUUACUCCUUAUACUGACAAUUCUGGCCACCUGGCUCCUACCAAAAUACUGGUCUAUAGCACCCGCCAGCGAAUGA